UGCCGGCGAUCGCAUCGAGCGAGGAAGAGCUCCCCGAAAAUAGGAAAACGCUCCUCAGUUAACAAGAAAAACCCCAAAACAAACCAUAUAUUUUUGUAGUAAACAUAAAAACAAACAAAAAAAGAAAUACCUCAAAACCAAAACAAACCAUAAAAGAAGAAAUGAAACGUAACAAUGUUUAACUUUCGCAUUUACGCAAAGACAUAAAGAUAUCAGAAAACACAUUGUAAAUGACAUCAAAGUGAAUGUAAACAGCAACUGCUAAACAUUUGCCAAGUGCCGUAAAUAAGCGUGAAUAAAUUACAAUUACACGCGUCCAACUGCGCAGCAAAAUAUGCUAGUGAAAAGUGCCACAACAGCAGAAGGAGCCGCAUUUCCCAGGUCCUCGCCUGCAGUAUUAAUUUAAGCCACGCCAAAGGAAAGGCAGCCAAAGAGCCCAGCCAUCUGCGGAAAAGGUGAGCCAAGAAUGCACUAGACUCACGGAGGAAACACCCCAUCUCCUGUCUCUUUCCGGCUCCCCAGUCGCCGUCCCUUUCUUUUGAAGCGCCACGGAGAAAGCAGCAUAAAGGCAAAAUGAAUAUCGGCAUCGCAGCACCGAAAUGGGAUAAAUUAUCGCCACGCGAAUUUUUGCAGCUGCAGGAGUUGGCAUCAUAUUCCACCCGAAAGCUGCAGGAUGUUCUGCGGGAGUUUAGUUCGCCGAGUGCCGCCAGCACACCGAAGUGCAUUCCGGAUGGGGACAUUGAUUUCGAUGGGUUCCGGCGCUUCCUGGACGCCUUCCUCGACUGCGAGGCCCCGCUGGACCUGGCCAAGCACUUGUUUGUGUCCUUCCUCAAGCCGAAUGUCACCCAGGCCCAGCUGCAUGGCCGGGCACUUAAUCAAAUGGCCGCCAUCAGCAGCACGGCCGCCUGUGCUCCGGUCACGUCGCACACCAAGGGCUCCAUACCGAACAUCAAUAGCAUCGCCGAGCUGAUGCCGCAGUGCAGCGGUACGGGAGGCGGAGUCGGUGCAGGGGGUGUGGCAAGCGGCGAGGGACACACACAGACCCGCAGCAGUUUUGUGGACAAAAUCCACGGCAUCACGGAUAAAUUACAGCACUCUCUGGGCGGACAUCUCUCGCACGAUCCCAGCAAAACGGGCAGCGUCCACCCGAUGCUCACCGUGACACCGAGUCCUCUGGCCAGCGGACCCAGCAUGUUCCAGGCCAGCAAUCCUGCCCGCCGCUCCGUGGACUCGAGUCCCUCCCACUCGGCGACGAACCACUCGCAGAUGUCGCGCAACUCCUCGAAGAAGAGCAACAAUUCGGUUAAUUGCAAAAUUGAUGCUGACAUCAAGCUCUUGGCGCGAAAACUUUCCCAUUUUGAUCCGCUGACACUGAAGGUCCCGCUGAAGGAUGUCGUCUGCUAUUUAUCACUGCUCGAGGCUGGCCGUCCGGAGGAUAAGCUGGAGUUCAUGUUCCGGCUGUACGAUACGGACAGCAACGGUGUCCUGGACACGGCCGAAAUGGACGCCAUUGUCAACCAGAUGAUGGCCGUGGCCGAAUACCUCGGCUGGGACGUCAGCGAACUGCGUCCGAUACUGCAGGAGAUGAUGGUUGAAAUUGACUACGAUGCCGACGGCACGGUGUCCUUGGAUGAGUGGCAGCGGGGCGGCAUGACAACCAUUCCGCUCCUGGUGCUCCUAGGUGUCGACAGCACCACGCUGAAGGAGGACGGCAUCCACGUGUGGCGCUUGAAGCACUUCAGCAAGCCGGCGUACUGCAACCUCUGCCUCAACAUGUUGGUGGGUCUCGGCAAGAAGGGUCUCUGCUGUGUGCUGUGCAAGUACACGGUUCACGAGCGGUGCGUGCAACAUGCGCCCGCUUCCUGCAUCACCACCUAUGUGAAAUCGAAGAAGCCAAAGUGCGGCGGCGAUUUGUUGCACCAUUGGGUGGAGGGCAACUGCUACGGGAGGUGCUCCAAGUGCCGCAAGCGGAUAAAGGCCUACCACGGAAUCACGGGACUCACUUGCCGCUGGUGCCACAUGAUGCUCCACAACCGAUGCGCCUCCUCGGUGAAGAAGGAGUGCACUUUGGGGGAAUACUCCGAGCUGAUUGUCCCGCCCACGGCGAUUUGUCCCGCCGUCCUGGAUCGCCAGCGUUCAGUCAACCAGGCCCAUAAGAAAUCCCAAAUGCAUCACCACCAGGCCACGCACUUCCAAAUCACGCCGCCGGACGAGCUGAGCUGUCCUCUGCUGGUGUUCGUCAACCCGAAGAGCGGCGGUCGCCAGGGGGAUCGCAUCCUGCGGAAGUUCCAGUACAUGCUCAAUCCGCGCCAGGUGUACGACCUGUCCAAGGGCGGCCCCAAGGAGGGACUCACGCUCUUCAAGGACCUGCCCAACUUCAGGGUCAUUUGCUGCGGCGGCGACGGCACCGUCGGCUGGGUCCUCGAGGCCAUGGAUUCCAUCGAACUGGCCAGCCAGCCUGCCAUUGGAGUGAUUCCACUUGGAACGGGCAACGACUUGGCCCGCUGCCUUCGCUGGGGAGGCGGAUACGAGGGGGAGAACAUCCCCAAGCUGAUGGAGAAGAUCCGAAGGGCAUCCACCGUUAUGCUGGACCGCUGGAGCAUCGAGGUGACCAACGCCCCGCCCAGUGAUGAACUGCGGCCCAAGGUGACGCUGCACUCGAACAUGCAGAAGGUGAUUGAGCUGUCGCAGAGUGUUGUGGUCGACAAGUCGCUGAUGGAGCGCUUCGAGGAGAUCCAGCGGCAGAGCAAGCUGGCGACCACCGCCGCCUCCGCCACGUCGAUAAUGAUGGCCAGCGAGACGGAAACGGAAAUGGAAAUGGAAACGGAAACGGCCACGGCGAGGAGGACCACGCGGACCACCACCACCAAGAGCAUUUCGAUGUCCACGUUCGAGACGCAGUGCCAGCGGAAGAGCCUGCGAGCCACCUUGAGCAGCAGCAGCAGCAACACCAGCAGCGGCAGUCCUUGCAACGGCAACCGAGCUCCCGAUGCCAAUGCGAAUGCGGAUGCGAAUGCGGAUGCGAAUGCGGAAGCGGAAGUCGAUGCCCAAGUCCGACAAGAAUCGUCCAUGCGGAGGUCGGGCGAAACGGAAAAGCAAUCACUUGAGACGCUGCUCGUGCAGCACAAACAGCAGUUGCAACAACAACAGCAACUGCAGCAGCAGCAGCAGCAGCAACAUCAGCAACAGCAGCAGCAACAUCAACAAGGAGCCGCAUCGGAGGCCAUCGGGGAAGCUGCAACAGCCACGCCAGUGGGGAAUAAUCAAAGCGAUAAUAAUGGCCAGCGCAAUAAGCAAAACAACAUCCUUAAACAGCAAAUUACAUUGUCAUUGGAUUUGUCCGACCAUGAAGACGAUCCAACGGGCGAUGGCGAUGGCGAUGGCGAUGGUAACGGCGGGCAGAGGGAAAGGGAGAAGGAGAUGAAGAGGGACAGGGGCAGCAACAGCAACAGCAUUCCGGCAACACCAAUCACGCCCACAACACCGAAUGCCUCAUCAAGUGCACCCGGACAGCAGCAACACCAGCAGCAGCCACACCAACAGCAGCAACAUCUCCAGUUCGAGCAGCAACAGAAGCCCAUCAAAGUGCAAUCGGACAAGGACUGCACCGUUCCCUACAACAUCAUCAACAAUUAUUUCUCCGUCGGCGUGGACGCCGCCAUCUGUGUCAAGUUUCACUUGGAGCGCGAGAAAAACCCCCACAAAUUCAAUAGCCGCAUGAAGAACAAGCUCUGGUACUUCGAAUAUGCAACAUCCGAGACAUUUGCGGCAUCCUGCAAGAAUCUCCACGAGAGCAUCGAGAUUGUGUGCGAUGGCGUGGCUCUGGACCUGGCCAACGGUCCCCACCUGCAGGGAGUGGCCCUUCUGAACAUCCCGUACACACACGGCGGCUCCAAUCUGUGGGGCGAGCACCUCUCCCAGAAGCGAAUCCGCAAGAGCGCCGGGCCCUUCGGCAAGAGCAAGAAGCUCCGGGCGGGCGACAAGGAGUUCUCCGCCACCAGCUUUAAUUCCGUCGAUCUCUCGGUGGCCAUACAGGAUAUUGGCGAUCGCCUGAUUGAAGUGAUCGGUCUGGAGAACUGCCUGCACAUGGGCCAGGUGAGAACUGGACUCCGAGCCUCGGGACGAAGAUUGGCGCAGUGCAGCGAGGUGAUCAUCAAGACGAAGAAAACAUUUCCCAUGCAGAUCGAUGGCGAGCCCUGGAUGCAGAUGCCCUGCACGAUCAAGGUGACCCACAAGAACCAGGUGCCCAUGCUGAUGGCACCGCGAUCGGAGAAGGGACGCGGGUUCUUCAACUUGCUGUGCAGCUGAUUCAGGCGCAGCGCAUCGAGCGACUUCAUGGGACGCACAGCUCCCGAGUCCGCCGAUGAGCUGGAUGAUGACUUUCGGAUCGUCACUAGGAGCACCACCGUCCAUAACAUAGCCUAGCGGCAAUAGCUUUAUCCUUAGUACUAGUCCUAUUCCACCCGCGAUCGCAUCGAAUUGGUUUAUCCUAGAUUAAGGCUUUCCCUUAUGAUAUGUGUAGAUGUGCUAUAUGUAUUCGUAUGUAUGUAUGUCGAGUGAGUUACAGAGCUUUAUAUUUAGUGUUAGACUAGCCAAAUAUACAACCGAGUCAAGUCCAUUCCAACUGGGAUCCGAGUGCGGAAGCUGUAUAUAGCAAUACCAUAACGAGAUCGGGACACCCCCGAGUCAUCGUGCAAAGGCUUUAGGUGUACAGUGCCACAGGAUAUUUUAAGAACACUUUAAAAUCGAUUAUAUAGUGAAAAUUGUCCAAAUGAUGCAACUGAAAUGAGACCAACCAAACAACCACAACAACAACAAACCGAACAAAAACUUAAAGCAUAGUAGUGCGAAUUUUAUGCCUUAGACUUAAGUAAUUUAUUCCGUCAUCACCAGUGGUGAGUGUUGCUAAGAUAGAAAAGAUAUAGUUUCGAACCCCAAAAAGAUAACAUAUCAUUGAUCGAGGGAGUGCAUUUGGGCAACACUCGCCACUGACUAACGAACUUUACUUUUUUUUAGUAACUUAUAUUGUAUAUAGAGAAAACAAAUGUAACUUGAUAUGCAAAUGUCAACAAAAUGGUGCAGCUUUAAACGAAAUUUUAUAUAUGAAUACAUAUAUUGAGAUGACAAGAAUCGGAUGUUAAAUAAUACUGUAAAAGUGUAUAUUUCAUAUAAUCGUAUAUGUAUGAUAUGUAUGUUUAGUGCCAAUAAGGUUCCAACAAAUACAAUACUCAUGGAUAAAUCAUAAAUACAACUUCAGAACCAACAAAAAUAGAUAAUAUGGCAAGAAAUAAAAAUUGGAAGUGCCAAAACUUCCCACCAAUUACAUUUUUUAGAGUAAAAAAAACUACAUUCCAGAUACAUUUUAAGUAACCAAAUUAGAAUUCAAUUUCAAUCGGUUUUUGGCAUGAUUUUAAUUAACAUGCGUAAUUAGCAUUUUCCAGACCGCGUGUAAAUUUAUAAAACGAAGCAGAAAAAAGUUCAAAUCCCAAUAAUUGAAAUCACAAAAAAAUCUAUUAUUUGUUAAAUAGUAUUUCCAUGAAAACGAUUGUGUAAUAUAACUAUUUUAGAACCCGAAAAUAAGGUUACUUAGUUUAGAAUUCUUUUCCAUGAGAUAACAUGGUUAACUUGUGUAUGAAAUGAUAAAUGGAUAUACUCUCAAUUCAAUAAGUGUCCUCUAAAGUUAGUCCCCUAAUCUAGUUUUGUUGAUUAACAGACCAUUUCAAGGACUAAGUAUUUCAACCACUAAAUAGUGUAACGGCAGCUAUAACACACAACUUGCUUGAAAACAUAGAACACGACCUAGUAUCUAGUUUAGACGAAUCAUAUCUUAGGCAUUUUCAAGACCAACUUGAGUUCUCCUUGUGCCAUUGUAAUCACCCUUGGAUGUCCCCUAGAGGAUUUUCAUACUCCACAAAACCCUUAUCCCUCGGCACGACAACCUGUCAAUAGAAAGUAUAUUAUCUGAAUGUACGUGAACGUGUAUUCUGUCGGAUUACAAUUGCAAAAACAACGUAAUAUACAAAAUCGAUUUAAUUUUGCAAAUAAACAUUUUCAACGCGAUUCCCCGCGCCCACAAGCCCAGGUUUCGCCAGGAACAGGUGGAUUUUGUGAUGGCCGCGGGGUGCCGCUAAUGCCACACAGUAGCCAGUUAACAUUAAUUAUAAAUGAACCACUAAACAUUAGUAAAAUGCAAAGCAAAGCGGCUUUACUAAUGCCACGCUUGUGUACAGUACAAUUAGGUGUAAGGUUAUACCUGUCUAAAGUAGCUAUAUUACAACUAUGAAAUAAUCGAACAAAUAUACUACUAGUUGAUAUUACCAGUGAAAUUAACAAAGAAGAAAGCGAGUGGAACUUGCAAACUAUAUACUAUGUUAGGUCUACAAUAUUUAUUGCAUAAGUAGAUGAAAUGUAUCCCCAAAGCGGAGUUAUAAUCUGUGUACAAAGCUUCGUUCCUUUCUUAGGUUUACUAAAGUAAUUUAUUUUACAUUUAGACUACAUUCAUACCAAAGUUUAGCUUUAGGUGUGAGUCGUAGAGUGGUCGCUCUUUAAGUGUAUCCCAUAACAGUUUGCCGUAUUUACUGUACAAUUUGGAUCUUCACUUGUGCCCAGUACUACAAAAGAGGAGGACCAUGAUGUCCCCAUUUGAAGCUUAUUCUAUGUAAAGGUCAAACCACUUUGAGGUAGCGAUUCGAAUGUGAAGCUGUAAAUUGCAUUUGGCAUAUUAUCCACACAUGUAUACUCCUAUAACCAGUGUUUAAAACAACCACCAAUAAAUGCAAAUUACGUGUA